CUAACCACAAAACUUUAUCCAAUUCCAAUCCACGAAGGAACCAUCCAAACAAAAUCUAAACCAAAUAGCUGUCAGAUAUCCUCCCUCUUGCAAUCUCACACGGUUUGUUCCCUUUGGAGAAAGUCCUGAAAGAUACAUCUCUGGUCAUGAGUUGCUUGUUCUCCAAUUUAAGUAGACCGGUUCUUUGUUCAUUCCAAGCACAUCCUGAUUAACGAGUUUCAGCAUCUCUAGCUCUUUCUUAGAACAUCAACUUUUAGCCAUGUUGAGUCCCAAGAGGCUUGUUGAGAAGGCAAAGAAGGGGCUGCCCUUGAUGAGAGCAAAUAGUCGGUCGAGUUCUUGCGAUUUCAACAACAUAGUGGUUGCUGACAAAGGCCAUUUUGUGGUGUACAGUAUGGAUGAUGCAAGAUUCGUAGUGCCAUUGUCGUUCCUCAAAAGCUGUAUCUUUCAGGAGCUCCUCAAGGUUUCAGCUGAGGAGUUCGGAUUACCCGGAGAGGGGCCAAUCACCUUGGCCUGCAGUGGAGUUUUCAUGGAGUACGUAGUCUCCUUGCUCAAGAGAAGCGUGUCCAGAGAUGUGGAGAUGGCUUUGCUUGCCUCCAUCGAUAAUGGUAGCCGGUGCUCGGAUUCAUCGUUGGUUGGCCUUGGUUGUGACCAACAACGAAUAGCAGUAUGACGAUGCUGAAUAGUUUGUUAAAUAGGAAUCACAAUGUACUAUGUAGAGAGGCUUAACCGUAAAGAGGAACCGUUGUGUGUUUUUCGUACCUCUUGUUCAGGGAAGCAUUUGAUGUAGAGGUAUUGCCCCUAAAAACGUUUCCAAAUAUUAAGAUCCGUGUGAGCCAUAUAAUGUCUUGAAUUGUUCCGUUCCUUGUC